AUGACAGAACGAUAUCAAAUUCAUCAGACAUGCUUUCAAAAUAAUGAUAUGCCCAUUCAUAAAUUUAUUCCAAUGGAAAAAUUAGAUUUAAUCCAAUCGAAUCAAGUUCGAAUUCUUUAUUAUCAAAAUCCAAGUCGAUUUUAUGUUUAUCUUCGACAAAAGAUUAAUACUCAUGCACAAUUUCAAGUUGAAUUACAACGUGCUAUGCAAAAUUAUCAAUCAACAACGGUAUCUCCACAAUAUGUUCGUUAUCAACCUGUUGUUGCACAAGAUAAUCAUGCAAUAUGGCAUCGUGCUACUAUAUUAAAUUUUAAUUCUAAUGAAACUGAGAUUUGCGUUUAUUUUGUUGAUGUUGGUCAACAAGAAAAUAUUUCUAUAACAAAUAUUCGUCCAUUACCACAACAAUUUAUUCAUCAACCAGCAUUUGCAAUACCAUGUCGUUUAUAUCAAAUAUGUCCACUUAAUGGUAAUGAACAAUCAAUAUGGAAAUCAGAUGAUCCUGUACAUGAGGAAUUUAAUCGACUUAUGGCUAAUAGUGCUAGUUGUAAAGUUUGUGAUCUUAAAGAAAAAAUAUGUUAUGAUGUCGAAAUUGAUAUUCCUAGUAAGUAUUAUUUAAAAAUAAAUAAUUCAUUAUGUAUUUAUUAUAUCUUAUAUUCUGAUACGAAAUAA